CCUUGGAGCGCCCGCCCGUCCCCGGCGCCUUUAUAACCGCGGCCAUCUUGCUUCAGCCUGCAGACGUCGCCUCCGCGAGUCCCGAGAUGCUUCAAGAUAUUUUGGCGGUGUCCCUACUGUCGGUGUGGGGUUCAACUCUGGCCGAAGUCAAUCCUGACAAUCAACAUGAGGCCGUAACUGCAUUCUCUCUGGACCUCUUCAAGGAGCUGGCGAGGGGAGAGGCCAGGAACAUGGUAGUGUCUCCAGUGAGCGUGUCUGCAGUGUUGGCAAUGCUGGCGCAAGGAGCCAGGGGUACCACCGCACGGGCGCUGGAGACAGCUCUGCAACUGGACUCCAGCCAGGCCAAGGAAGUGUACGGCGGACUGGCCCAGCACUAUCAGGACUUUUCAUCCACGAACACAACACUGGAGUUCGCAAACCGGUUGUUCCUGAAGCGAAGCUUCUCAUUGGACCCUGCAUUCAAGAGCACACUGGUUGAAAUGUUUCUGUCUGGCGUGGACCUGGUCGACUUCGGAAACAAAGAAGCUACAGACAUCGUCAACGACUGGGUUUCGAAGACGACACACGGAAAAAUUAAGACCCUCGUGGACGAAGGUCUGCCCCCGGAGACAGUGCUGCUGCUCGCCAACGCCGUGUACUUCCAAAGUCCCUGGGAGCAGCCGUUCCCCGAGCACCGCUCGUUCGACCGGGGGUUCUUCGUGGGCCCCGAGCAACAGGUGCAGGUGCCGUUCAUGAUAGACGAGCGCUUCCACGCCACCACCUCCAGCAACGACAAGCUGAAGGCCAGAUACGUCCUCCUGCCGUUCCAGGGCAAGCGGUUAUCGCUGCUGGUGGUUCUGCCCAAUGAGAAGACAGGACUGGCGGACCUGACCAAUGAGCUCACAGUUGCAGACGUGUCUGAGAUGAUCGCCACUGACACCACGCGAGGUCUGAGGCUGCUGCUCCCGCGGUUCAAGCUGGAGUCGAAGCACGAACUCUUGGAAAACCUUCAACAGCUGGGACUACAGCAGCUGUCCGCCCUGCCAGACCUCAGCGGGAUAUCUGCUGGCGGCGAGGCCCUCAGAGUCUCCAGGGUGCUGCAGAAGGCCUCCAUCCAGAUCGACGAGAACGGCGGAGUCGCGGCAGCAGCCACAGGACUGGUAGCAGUACCAGCAAGCGCUCCUGUGCUGGACUCGUUCGUGGCCGACCACCCUUUCCUGGCGAUGAUCGUGGACCACGAGAUGAAGAUACCGCUCUUCAUCAGCGCAGUCGUCGAUCCUUCGAGGACUCAGUGAAGCUGAAGAGAGCCUUCAGGAUCGAGGAUCACCCAAUCCUUCACAGCGCAGUUCCACACUGAUCUACCACUAGCCAGUAUCAAUCAGCUGAUAGUGAAUGAAUGAUAUAUAGUCCUUUGAAACUGUAGGCUUUUUAUUUGUAACAUACGCAUGAGCACAAUUUUUAAUAGUUAACGUUUUCCAAUUCCUUCACAAAUAAAAAAAAAACUGUAAUUUUUUAGAGCAAAUAAAAAAUAAAACUUUGAAAAAAA